AGGAGGGGUCAGUGGCGUGGUGAACGGAGAGGGUUGCGUUGGUUUGUCAGACGCCUCAACUAAUAUAAAAACGUUUUCUUUUACAGUCCGUAACCAAAAUAUGCGGGCAAAGGGCGUAAUAGUUUUAACACUGUGGCCGGUUGAGAUGAUUAGAGUCUGAGUUCGGAAGACAUUUUUGGGAUUUCAAAAUUGCAUAGGCCCACCUAGGUAACAGCAUUUGUGGGCAGGUAGGGAAGUAGCCUUCCGGAAGAACUCGCGAUACAGGUUGGCAGUUUGCAUACGGCACUCGUAAAGUAAGUUUUGAAACAAGUUUUUAAUCAACUACAGAAGGAAAAAUGAAGGAUUUUCGAAAAAAGAAGCUGUAUGUCUUCGUGGACGUGCUGUGCGUGUUAGUGGCGGCACUGCCUUUCCUCAUUAUGACCGUCGUUUUCCGGCCCUACCAGAGGGGUGUGUACUGUGACGAUGAGGACAUUAAGUACCCCCUCAAACCUGACACUAUCACCCACGGCCUGCUGGCUGCAGUCACCAUCUCCUGCACCGUCAUCAUCCUAGCAUCAGGAGAGGCCUACCUGGUCUACAGUAAGAGGAUUCACUCUAACUCUGAGUUCAACGGGUACGUGGCGGCGCUCUACAAGGUGCUAGGUACCUUCCUGUUCGGGGCAGCUGUCAGCCAAUCACUGACGGACCUGGCUAAGUUCACCAUUGGACGCCCACGGCCCAACUUCAUGGCCGUCUGCAACCCCAAGGUCUGCAAAGGCUACAUGCUGGAUAUCAACUGCACCGGCAACUCUCAUGACGUCACUGCGUCCAGGUUGUCCUUCUACUCCGGCCACUCCUCCUUCGGGAUGUACUGUAUGCUGUUUCUAGCAUUGUAUGUCCAGGCGAGGCUGAGGGCAAAGUGGGCCAGACUCCUCCGACCCACAAUCCAGUUCUUCCUGGUGGCCUUUGCAGUGUACGUGGGCUACACCCGCGUGUCCGAUUACAAGCACCACUGGAGCGACGUUCUGGUGGGCCUCCUCCAAGGCGCUCUUAUUGCCAUCCUCAACGUGCGCCACGUGUCAGACUUAUUCAAGCAGGGUCCUCCCCACUGCUCCAGCCCAGAGACGGUCGAGAACGAGGAACUGGAGCGCCGCAAACCCAGCCUGCAGAUGGCAGAUGCAGAUCACAACAACCAUUACAGCUACCCAGGGCCUGUGUGAGAGCGGCCAACCUAGUCAACCACUCUCACAACAAGCUCCCACAAACCACUGGACUGACUGAGGGGGCUGCGCACAUUACCAGAAUCCUCUAUGGCCUGGGUGCACCAGCGCAUGAGUGGGAGAGGACUUUUAUAUUGAGAUAUCAUCGUUGAUGUUCACUAGUUUUUUAGUAUAUUCGUCUCAGAUGUUUUUAUGUUGCUUUUUUUAACACAAUAGAUUAGGUAAGAGUACCAAACAUUCAGAUAAGAAAGAAAGACCAUUCUCAGAAGAGAAGAUGUCUAGAUGACUCCCAUUUUAGUGCACCUUAGUCAUAUGAGUAAUCUGAACUUCAGUGGGAGUUUGGGAUUGAUAUGUUGAAUGUUUCACCUAUGUGAAAUGGACUGCAGAGAUUUAGAAAUGUUGAUUGUGUAAGCUUGAUAUACCACUAGAUCACAAACAAUCAAUGCAAACGUUUGGCAUAAAGAUUUUAGAAAUUGAAAAUUUGAAAUUCUGAUUUUAGCUACGCACAUUCUAGCAUCAAUCACUCUAUUUUUUUUUUAAUGACUAAAUCAAUGUUUUAACAGGAACAUUGUUCCUUUGACAAGAAUUGAAGGUAUUUCGAAAGUGCAUAUUCAUUUUUAUUUUAUAGAUUACUUUAUUCACAAGGUUGGAAAUGUCUAUUAUGCCAGCGCUGUUAAGGUAUUGUGCAAUCACAAUCACCCCUGUUAGCCACUAUGAGCCACAAAUACUGUAUCUGCUAAUAUUAUGGCAUUUUUCUUUUUUCAAGUAUGUUAUUUUUUUCUGUGGCCCAUAUCAAACCAGUGCCUUCUUGGACUAGUGCCCUUUAAGAUUGACACAAAUGAAUCAGAUUCCAAGUUCAGAACACAAACCAGAUACCUUAACAUGAGCCUUUAAGAGUUGUAAUGAUACAGCUUACCAUUUGAGUCAUUUAUGGCAAGCUGGUAUAAUGCUCUAUGCAAAGUUCAAAGAUUUUUCCUUACCUGUGUGGACUGCUGGGGCUAAUUUGUGAAGAAAUGCUCCUGUACAGUGACUAUGUCAGGCCUGGCCCUGCUUGGCACAGGAGGACUGAUGACAGAUCAGGCAGAGAGAGGCUCACCUCUGGUAGUGAUUGUGAGGCUCAGAGAGCUGACUCAGAGCUGGCCUGUGACUGUGGAAUGGCAAGGUACUCAGAAGGGCCUCCUGCGGAGACGCGGGUCCUAUGGACUUCAAGAAUUUUAAAGACUUUUCUUUGAAUUCCAUAAAUGAUAACCACCUGGAGCAGCUUCAGUGAAGUGUUGUUGUUGUGUAACGUCUCACCUGUGUAUUACUGAAUCCCCCAGCGCAAAUUUACCCAUGAAGCAAUAGUAUCACAAUGUUAUGGGGUUUGAGUUUCCUCCAGGUUUCCAUCAUAAAAGGCGUGUGUGUGUUUCAUAUGUAAUAAUACUAUUCCCAUUAGAGGAUUGGUGCCUAAGGUCCUGGUUGGCCAUUAUAUGUACAGUUGAAGUCGGGAGUUUACAUACACCUUAGCCAAGUACAUUUAAACUCCGUUUUUCACAAUUCCUGACAUUUAAUCCUAGUAAAAAUUCACCACUUUAUUUUAAGAAUGUAAAAGGUCAGAAUAAUAGUAGAGAGAAUGAUUUAUUUUAGCUUUUAUUUCUUUCAUCACAUUCCCAGUGGGUCAAAAGUUUACAUACACCCCAUUAGUAUUUGGUAGCAUUGUCUUUAAAUUGUUUAACUUGGGUCAAACUUUUCGGGUAGCCUUCCACAAGCUUCCCACAAUAAGUUGGGUGAAUUUUGGCCCAUUCCUCCUGACAGAGCUGGUGUAACUGAGUCAGGUUUGUAGGCCCCUUGCUCGCUCACACUUUUUCAGUUCAGCCCACACAUUUUCUAUAGGAUUGAGGUCAAGGCUUUGUGAUGGCCACUCCAAUACCUUGACUUUGUUGUCCUUAAGCCAUUUUUCCACAACUUUGGAAGUGUGCUUGGGGUCAUUGUCCAUUUGGAAGACCCAUUUGCGACCAACCUUUAACUUCCUGACUGAUGUUUUAAGAUGUUGCUUCAAUAUAUCCACAUAAUUUGAUGAUGCCAUCUAUUUUGUGAAGUGCACCAGUCCCUCUUGCAGCAAAGCACCCCCACAGCAUGAUGCUGCCAACCCCGUGCUUCAUGGUUGGGAUGGUCUUCUUCGGCAUGCAAGCCUCCCCAUUUUCCUUCAAACAUAACGAUGGUCAUUAUGGCCAAACAGUUCUAUUUUUGUUUCAUCAGACCAGAGGACAUUUCUCCAAAAAGUACGAUCUUUGUCCCCAUCUGCAGUUGCAAACUGUAGUCUGGCUUUUUUUAUGGCGGUUUUGAAGCAGUGGCUUCUUCCUUGCUGAGCGACCUUUCAGGUUAUGUCGAUAUAGGACUUGUUUUACUGUGGAUAUAGAUACUUUUGUACCUGUUUCCUCCAGCAUCUUCACAAGGUCCUUUGUUGUUGUUCUGGGAUUGAUUUGCACUUUUCGCAACAAAGUACGUUCAUCUCCAGGAGACAGAACGUGUCUCCUUCCUGAGCGGUAUGACUGCUGUGUGGUCCCAUGGUGUUUAUACUUGCGUACUAUUGUUUGUACAGAUGAACGUGGUACCUUCAGGUGUUUGGAAAUUUCUCCCAAGGAUGAACCAUACUUGUGGAGGUCUACAAUGUUUUUUCUGAGGUCUUGGCUGAUUUCUUUUGAUUUUCCCAUGACGUCAAGCAAAGAGGACCUACGUUUGAAGGUAGGCCUUGAAAUACAUCCACAGGUACACAUCCAAUUAACUCAAAUGAUGUCUAUCAGAAUCUUCUAAAUCCAUGACAUCAUUUUUUGUAAUUUUCCAAGCUGUUUAAAGGCACAGUCAACUUAGUGUAUGUGAACUUCUGACCCACAGGAAUUGUGAUACAGUGAAUUAUAAGCGAAAUAAUCUGUCCGUAAACAAUUGUUGGAAAAAUUACUUGUUUCAUGCACAAAGUAGAUGUCCGAACCAACUUGUCAAAACUAUAGUUUGUUCAAAUGAAAUUUGUGGAGUGGUUGAAAAACAAAUUUAAUUACUCCAACCUAAGUGUAUGUAAACUUCCGACUUCAACUGUAUGUCAAACAUUAUGCUGUUCUGUUCACUGUACAUUUAUCAAUCCAUAGCUGUUUAUGUAUACACAAAGGAAAUCUAAAUAAAUACCAAAUACACCAUG